ACCGCUACUUUGAUGAUCCCUGCACUGAAACCCGCCGUAAUCGUUCAUUGAUGUUUUGCGUGAUUGUGUAGUCCGGUGUAUUCUCCUUUGGUUUGAGCGACAGACGUGGUGGGUGUUUUGUUAGCUAUACAUUCUUCAAUCUCGAAAAUGGAACACUGUAAGAAGGUUAUGUGGGCUAGCUAGGACUGAGCAAUGACUUCCUAGCAAACUUUUUCGCUAGUUUCUUCAACACUGGCAGAAUGCGCAAGUCCCAUGAAGCAGACAGUCACUCAACAUGUUCAACAGCUAAUCAGCGGAAACGAGGAUUAGCACGCUUUUCAUUGCGUCGUCUGCUUUACUCUAGUCCUCUUGUAGCCAGGCGAGUUACUAGAGGUUCUUCUAGCACCUCUAAGAAUUCAAGAAGUACAGGAGAUGGACGUGGAAGUGGGCCAUCUAGAGAUGUGGAGAGAGGAGAAGCUGUCCGGCUCAGUAGUGUUGUUACUGGAGGAACUCCACUUCAUGAUGACCUGCAGCAAACUCCCAGUAAGGCCUCAGGCUUUGGAACAAGUGCUGGAAAGAGUGGUGAAUUGGGUAUUGCUGAAUGUCCACUCUGUCUCGCAGAGUUACCAGUGGAAUACUUCCCAGAACUGUCUACGUGUGGCCAUCGUUCUUGCUAUGAUUGUUACCAGCAGUAUCUACGGAUUGAAAUAUCAGAGUCCCGAGUCAGCAUAGCCUGCCCAGAAUGUUCCGAGCCAAUGCAUCCAAAUGAUAUUCGGAUGAUUUUGAAUGAUAAAAUGCAAUAUGAGAAAUAUGAGGACUUCAUGGUGCGUCGAGUAUUGGCUGUGGACCCAGACACACGCUGGUGCCCAGCUCCAGACUGCAGUUUUGCUGUGAUAGCAGCUGGAUGUGCCAGUUGCCCAAAAAUCAAGUGCGAACGUCCCGGUUGUGAUGCUUACUUCUGCUAUCACUGCAAAGCAGAAUGGCAUCCAAACCAGACUUGUGAUGCAGCUAGAGCUCAGCGAUCUCCAAAUGUGCGUUCUUCGUCUGUCAGCUUCAGUCAGGACUCACAGCAUCGUGAUGACAUUAAACCAUGUCCACGAUGCCAGGUAUUGAUUGUGAAGAUGGAUGAUGGUUCCUGCAACCAUAUGACUUGCGCCGUGUGUGGAGCUGAGUUCUGUUGGCUCUGUAUGAAUGAGAUUACUGAUCUCCAUUACCUAAGUCCAUCAGGUUGCACAUUUUGGGGCAAGAAGCCAUGGUCAAGAAAAAAGAAACUUCUCUGGCAGCUGGGCACAUUGGUUGGUGCUCCUGUAGGAAUCAGCCUAAUUGCAGGCAUUGCAGUACCUGCUAUGAUCAUUGGUAUUCCAGUGUGGGUUGGUAGGAAACUGUAUGCUCGUUAUGAACAUGCCAAUAAGCAUAAACGGAAUUUAGCCAUUGCUUGUGGAGUCACUGCUUCUGUACUUGUUUCACCGGUACUUGCUGGUUUGGCUGUAGCCAUGGGUGUCCCUAUUCUCCUCUUUUUUGUCUAUGGAGUUGUACCAGUAUCUCUUUGUCGGUCAGGUGGUUGUGGAGUCAUUACUUCAGGUUCAGGAGUUCGAUUUGAUUUUGAUGAUGAAAGUGAUCUGUUAGGAGUUCUUGGUGCCAGAAAUACUGAUGCAGUAUCCAUGGAUGCUGUGAGUCAUCGAGGAGGAAACCCAUCCAUUGGAGAGGUUUCCCUAUCAUUAGGCAGUGGUAGCCAAUUGGAGAGACUUGGACGAGAGAAUGAUAGGGAAUCAGCAAGCAAUGUUGCUCUUGCCGGAGCAAGUAUAGCUGGGAGCAUUGCAUCAAGUUUACUGCCAGGAGGACAGAGGCUAGAAGUGCAAGCUGAUGUAGCCUCUGCACAAAGAUUCAGCAUGAGCAGUGAAACUGCUUCAGCAGCCACCAGUUUGUCUGAGAAGUCUGUGUCAGCUUCAAUAGCCGAUGAUGGGGCAGCAUCAACACGUGCGCUUGCUGGAUCAGUUUUGAACUUUAGAAUGGAUUCUAGUUCCUUGUCUGGCUUCCGUGGAACAAGUGCUGAUGCAUGCACACCAGUUGAAGUACACACAGAUUCAGCAAGCCAACGCAGUGAUGACGUGGCUGGGCCAGCAUCUCUCAGUUCAUUGGAGGAACUUACAUCAGGAAUGAUGCGACGUACACGAAGGAGACCACCUCUGGAUCGACAGGGUAGUGAAAGUAAUAGUUGGACUGCUGGUGGUGAAGAUGGUGGCUCAGAGAGGGUACGGUUUGAUGAUCAUGUAAGUUUCAUUGCUCCUCACUCUUAUGAAGCAUCACACAGCAGUCAGUGUGAUAAAGAUGGCAGUGCUAGUGGGCAUUCCAGAUGGUGGAGUACAGAGGCAAGAUGUCGUCGCGAACUACCGGGAGAGGAACAUGCGGGAGACUUUGGGGACGUGAAGAGAGUAACAGCCAUAUGGCAAGAGUUAAAAAGCAAUGGAGAAACUGUGGAUUCAAAGGCAGCAGAUGAAUGUGUUGUGGUGGAUAGAGAUGAUGAUGAAAAUAAUGAUGCAAAUGAUGAUGAUGAUGAUGAUGAUGAUGACGACGACAACAACGUUGAUGUUACUGUUGCUUCUGCUGUUACUUCUGCGAACACUGCUGCAGCUACCUCUGCUGUUGCAACAGCUGCUAUUCCUGCCAUCACUACUUCAACUGCCACAUUUACUGCCUGCUACCAUGUUGCUUCGAAGCCUGACACUUCAGCAGAAAUUGUCAACAAGGACAAAUUACAUGGAACAUCUGGUACCAUCAGUGGAUGUAGCAAAUCCACAUCAACUUCUUCUCUGAGGAAUGUGUUCUUCCAUGCCCCACCUAGUGAGAAUAAAAGACUCUCAAAGUUGCGUAAACCACAGGAAUCUGUGGGACCAUUCAUGGAUGGAGAGCAACAGAACUUUGCUAGGCAAACUCUUACAUUGCCAGUAAUACCUGAACCUUCCAUUGACCAACCACACUCGAGCCCUGCAAGUGAUGAGCCUGUCAAAAUUGAAAUCCCCAUUGAAUCUGAUUAAGUGUAUAGAACUGUGUUCUGACGGUAUAUAAGACUGAACUUAUUCCAAGAAUCUAAUUCUGGUGAUCCUCUGUUAUUUGCUAAACUAAGUUUGAAGUAACCCUCUUAACCUUCAAACAUUAUAACCCAUCCCCCUUUAUUUUCACUCCUCACAAUUAUGAGAUGUGAGUCUAAUUCUGGUGAUCCUCUGUUAUUUGCUAAACUAAGUUUGAAGCGAUCCUCUUAACCUUCAAACAUUAUAACCCCUCCCCCAUUAUUUUCACUCCUCACAGUUAUGAGAUGUGUUUGGUUAAGGCUAUAUUCAUAUACGCAUACUCUGUUCUUCCUAACAUAAAUGAAUGAGUGCACAUGUAUUUUUUAUAUUGAAGUACUAAUGUUUGUGUAUUAUAUGACUGACUACUUGAAGGAGAUUAUUUUUGUUUUUACAUUGAAGUACUACAUUAUUUGUAUUGCCUAAUAUAGUCAUAAAGUGUAAAAUUAAAUAAUUAAUUAAUUAAAGUAUUGUUUUUACCAUUUUGAAAUAUAAAUUAUUUUCCCAGUUAGUAUUUAAUUUUCGAAUUACUGUUUUUUAUUACAAAAAUGCAGUAACAGAGCUGCUGGAAAUGCAUUUGGAUAAAUAGUGUGAGUAGUUUCAUGAGAACAUUCUGUGUUUAGUACUGCCCGAUACUGUAGAGACCUAUAGUAUUUAUUUUGUUUUGGAAACUUAAAGUGACAUUAUGAAUUUCAAGAUAAAAUCUUUAUGAUGGUGCAUACAAAGAAUUUACCGUACUUUCUUUUUUAAGUUAUAUUACGGGAUUAUUUUGGGCUCUGAAUGGAUAUUUUGUAUGAUCAUUUGCUUAUCUUCUAAUGACAAAGUUGAAAAUUAAUUUUGUUAUGUAUGUGUGUAUAGGUCACAUCUUUUGUGGUGAUUGUAUGGACUUGAAAAUGCUUGCAUCAUCUGUCCCUCAAAUAUAAAUUAUUAAUACUAUGCAGUAGUUUGUAUGGAGGAGGAUAUACCAGCAGUGUACAUUUGCAGUCCCAAAUCAUUUGCAGAGCAUAUGAUGUGUAUCUCUAUAUGAAGCUUGUGUGUCUUGUUAACCAUUGAAAUACAUUGAAGGAUUUCUUUGUUUCUUUCUUCCAUGAUCUGAAACUAGAAGAACAUUGUCAUGCUUGAUGGAAUAGUAGAAAUUGUUAUUGAUGUAGCUCAAUUCAGUGCAGCUAUUUUACUUUUAAAAUGUACUUUUUCUUGCCAUUAGUUUUGUAACAUAGAAAGGGAAUCAUAAAGUGGUAAACAGUAUUAGAUUGAUGUGUUCAUCAGUCUUUACUAUAAUACGUUGCUUGAAAGAUGGCCUGCAUAUACUGUUCAGCUGUGUUCCUAAACAGUUCUAUUCGUAUGAAAUGUAUAAUGCAUGCAUUAUCAUGCCUUAUUACUGUGUUUUAACAAAACAGCGAAUAAUGUUUUGCCUGUUACUUUUAAGUAAAAGAAGAUGUUCUGUUUAUUAAAAUUUAAGUUGAAACGUAAUAAACUAUUGAUGUGGUGUUUGAAAUAAUA